GCAGUCAGCACCUCACGGCUACAGUCGCUCGGACGCGUCUUUCCCUCUUCUUGCUUUCUCGCAGCGAGAACAUCUUACGACAAACAGAAGCAAAAGUACUCGUCGCCGUGUGACUUGACAGCUCAACAGACGCGAGGAUGGGAGGCCAGGAGCACGAGGACGAGUACAAGUGCAGCUUGAGCUCGCAGGCGAGGGCCGUGGCCAAGCUUGAGUUGCGGGAGGACGAGCGCACGCGGGAGCAAAGUCUCGAGCGGUUUCGCGAGUGGAUCGCCAAGCACCCGAGCAUCAAGCGCUGCCGCACCGACUCGGUAUUUCUCCUGCGCUUCCUGCGGACGAAAAAGUUCAGCCUACCCCUGGCCCAGGACAUGCUCGAGCGCUACUUGAGCAUCAGGCAACUGUACCCCGACUGGUUUCGCAACCUCGACAUCGACGACCCGGAGAUCGAGGCCAUCCUCGACGCCGGAUACUUGGUGCCGCUCAUCAAGCGCGACUCCCAUGGCAGGAAGGUCAUACUGUCCUGUGCUGGUCGGUUCGACCCGUACAAGUACACGUCAGCGCAGAUGGUGAGGGUGCACUCGUUGGUGGUCGAGGCGCUGAUGGACGACGAGGAGAGCCAAGUGCACGGUUAUACGCACCUGAACGACGAGUCCGGUCUGACGAUGGGCCACUUGAGCUCUUGGUCGUUGACCGACAUUCGCAACAUGCUCGCCUGCAUACAAAACUCGACGCCUAUGAGACACAAGUCGACGCACCUAUUGAACGUACCUGCUGGCUGUGCCAAGAUCAUCGAGAUCGCCCUUACCUUUCUCAACGAGAAGCUGCGCUCGCGCGUCGUGCUUCACAAGUCCCUGAGUGACCUGCAGCAAACGGUGGACCCGAAAAUCUUGCCCAAAGAGUACGGCGGUGAUAUCCCUCUGGCGGAAAUGAUUGCCGAAUUCAAGAAAAUACUUCGAGCUAAGAGGGAAGAAAUCAAGGCUCUGGACGACAUGUACAUAGAAAUCGCGCCAAAGGAUACCUGUUCAGCAUCCGAGGGCCUUGGCGGGCUCUCUGGUAGCUUUCGCAAGCUCGAAGUCGAUUAAAUCCACAAUUAUCUUCUAUAGUUUAUAUUUAUGCAGCGUUGCGCGUUCAUGAGUUUUUAUACUUACAAUAAUUUACUUUACUUCGUGUUAUUUGGCGUUUUAAUUUUAAUUUAAAUUCUAAAACGCCGUGCGUAUAUUUUGGGCUUGGUUUGUUCAGAUACACGGUUAAAAAAAUAUAAAAUUCCUGAUUGUUAUGUACAUUUAAAUAUUUUUGUAAUAUACAAGGUUAUUUGGUACGUGUGUCUGCAUUUUUCUCUCGUGAAUACAGAAACAAGUUGAUAACUGUACAGUCAAUGUAAUUAUUAGUCUCUUUAAGUUGUUGUUUUUUUCUUCUUUUUUUUUUAAAGAAACCAUUGGUGGUAUAAGUUACCCACAGACAUAAAUGUUUGAUAAAUCGCAAAGGUUCACGAUGCUGUGAUAUCGCGAGCUAUCAUAAUUAACAUGACAAUUUUCGUUAGAUCAUUAUUGCUGUAGUUGUAAUUUAAGUGCGUUGAUUUUUAUUGCGUAACAAUCGA